AUUUAUUAUUUCGCGUAAAUCUAAAUAAAUCACGAUAAGAUAAGAUAAUAACAUCUUGCAAAAACUUGUCAGCACUUGGGAGUGAUGCUUACGGAUAGAAGAGAGAUAAUUCUGGUUUUUGGCUUGGAUCAUCUUAGAUCGAUGUAGCACGCUGGUGGUGAGUAGCAUGGUUGCUGUGAUCAAGUCUCUUAUCACGCUACUCAAUUACGAGGUUAGAACGAGAGUACCGAUAAGGAGCGAGAAGUAAAGGUUUCUGGUGAUCCGCGUGGACGUUGGUGGUUGUUCAUAUUAAUAGUGAGCUAUGAAGCAGUGGCAGCGUGUUUCCUUUAUUCUGUGCAUAUUCGGGUUCCUGAAAGAUUUCCGACCGAGUGAACCGUUUGUGUUUGAGUUUCUGACCGGUCCGCGGCACAACUUAACGGUUGAACAGGUGGUACAGGAUGUACUUCCUGUCGGGACGUAUUCCUACAUGGCGCAGCUGGUGGUGGCGUUCUUGAUAACGGAUUACUUUCGCUACAAACCUUUGAUCAUAGUGUCCGGAUUGGCCGGGACCGUUGUGUGGAGCUUGUUUGUGUGGUCCAGUUCGCUAGGGGCAGUUCAGGUCCUAGAGGUGUUCUAUGGGACGUACCUGGCUGCCGAGCUUGCAUAUUAUGCGUAUAUUUACGCUAGGGUUGAUAGGAAACACUACCAGAAGAUCACUUCAUACAUUCGUUCGGCAACCCUAGCUGGACGGUUUCUGGCGUCGGCUGCGUCACAGAUGUUUAUUUACUUUGGAAUUACCGACUAUCUAGGACUGAACUACAUCUCGCUGGGAGCACAACUCUCGAUCACGGCGUGGUCAUUUUUGCUACCCCCAGUGCCUGCAAGCAUGUACUUCCAUCGUCGGGAGGAGCCCUCGGAAGAGCAAAUCGAGCUCAAAUCGGACAAGCAUCAAUCUGAUCCAGAGUCAAUAUGCAACCGAGCUACUACUCUUCUUUGGGCUCACUUCAAGUGCGCCUACACAAACUUUACCGUCAUACGAUACAGUCUAUGGCAGGCGGUAGCAGUAUGCUUCAUGAAUCAAAUAAUUUCGUAUGUACAAGGCCUGUGGUCCACCAUUGGUGGACCAGACACUGUACUCUGGAAUGGAGCAGUCGAAGCUGUCUUAACUCUAAUGGGUACCCUGGUCACACUGUUAGCAGGAUUCGUCCCCCAGAAAUACCUCAAAUUGCACAUCACCAUCCCUUGCCUAUCGAUGAUCGCAAUCCUAGAAGGCUUUGCAAUAUUCAUGGCAACGGUAACCUCAAAUCUGACCGUUUCCUAUGUCGGCUACAUAAUGUUCGGCAUUCUGCACUGUUUUGCGCUCACGCUCGUCACCUCGGAGAUCGCCAAACAUAUCUCCGAUGACAGCUUUGCGCUGAUCUUCGGCAUUAACACCACGGUGGGCUUGAUGAUGCAAUCUAUACUCACCCUUGCCGUGGUGGAUAACGACGGUGGUUUCGCACUGGACAUCCGCGGACAAUUUACCGUGUACAGCUGCAUCUUUUUUGCCAUUGGACUGCUGUAUGCCAUAUUCUUGGUAGUCGAACUGUUUAGCCGAAGCAAACCGGAAGCGAAACAACCGGAAUGAGCAGUAGCUGAUCAGAGUAUGAAAUUAUGGGCAAAGAAGGCAUUCAUGUUUACAAAUUAAUCGUUCCUGAAGGAUGUCAACCACCAGACGUGAACCCUGGUCUCAAUGCACCACGUUAUAGUGCUGGCGACAACUCUCUGAUGAGACAACGAUACUUCAUUUCCAUGCUCCUUCCUUCAUACGAAUCGGUAAAACUCGACCUUCUCCAAUUUGCAUGACACUUCGCAAUAUGCUUUGUUAUGGACAAUAAUUCACAUUUUUGCAAAAAAUCGGCCAUUUUGGAUCUUGCAAUUGUUUUCAAAAUGGCGUCUUUUACAUUUCUCAAUAAACUGUAGCACGAAAAUGUCACUUCUGAUCGAAUGACGUCUGAGACAAAGCUAAAUAGAUAAAUAAAGUUUUUCUGGUAAAAAUAUAAACAGUAUUUGCUUUUUUUAUACACGGUUUGUUUUGAAGAGACAUUUAUUUUUA